CGCCUACGCCCAGAGAUAAGGUGGAUCGAACUUUGUAAUUGCCGGUGAGCAAUUAGUUCCAUGAACGACAAAGGGAAAAUCCCAGUAGCAAUUAGGAUUUAGGUGAAAACCCUUUCGUCUCUCUAAGUCAAUCACAUUUUCCCGACCGCGAGAGAUCAUCUCCUCGAUCUUCAGUUCAUACCCUUUAGGUAGAGGGAGACGGAGAAAUUGUGAGAGAGAGAGAGAGAGAUCUUCAAUAUUGAAGAGGUGUGAUUUAAAAUCAAUCAGGAAUGGCAGAGCCGCCGAAACUGACGGGUGCGGCCGUGGACUUCCCGUUGGAACUAAUCGGGUUUGAGAUUGAAGAACUGUCUCCGCAGAAGGUCGCCGGAAAACUAAGAGUCACCCACAAAUGUUGUCAGCCAUUCAAGGUGUUACACGGAGGAGUAUCGGCACUGAUAGCAGAGGCGCUGGCCAGCAUAGGAGCCCACCUGGCGUCGGGUCUUCAGAGGAUAGCGGGGAUUCACCUCAGCAUUAAUCAUCUAAAAUCAGCUCAGCUCGGCGACCUCGUUCUUGCAGAAGCCAAACCCAUCAAUGCUGGGAGAACCAUUCAGGUAUGGGACGUGCAACUUUGGAAAAUCGAUCCUUCAAAUUCUGAGGGCAAAAUCUUGGUAUCAUCAUCGAGGGUCACUCUCCUAUCCAACAUGCCUGUGCCGGAGCAUGCAAAAGAUGUUGGAGUAACUCUCAAGAAGUAUGCAAAACUAUAAGAUCAUAUGAGUCUGCAUUCACCUAUUUGUUAGCUGACGAUUCAUGUAAGAUUAGGCGAUUACAUUUAUUCCCAGUUGCUGCCAUUUUUAUGGAUUGACAUUUAUGAAAGCAAAAGGGACAUAUGCCAACACCUAACCCUUCAUGAAGCAUACAAAUAUGGGUCGUUGAUCCUUUUUUGGGAGGGAGAGUGUAAUACCAUACUAUGACUCCAAUUAUGUUCAACAUAAAUCCAACCAUACCCAAAGUACAAUUUUGAGCUAUUGCACAUUUUCUUAUUAUGUGGCAAAUCAUAUGAAUAACCCCUACUUGGUGGGAACAAA